AAAUUAGUUCUUCGGGUUGCGAAAGCCAUCUUGUGUGCGAGCAUUUUUGUAUGAUCGUAUCAGUCCUUGCAUUUUUCUCGUUAAUUUCAUCCACGAUGGCCGCUAACAAGGAACGUACCUUCAUCAUGGUUAAGCCCGAUGGAGUCCAGCGGGGGCUCGUCGGACAAAUCAUCCAGCGCUUCGAAGCCAAGGGCUUCAAGCUGGUCGCCAUGAAGUUCAUGUGGCCAUCGAAGGACCUGCUCGAGAAGCACUACGCCGAUCUGUCCGCUCGUCCCUUCUUCCCCGGAUUGGUUACGUACAUGAGCUCCGGUCCGGUUGUGCCGAUGGUCUGGGAAGGCCUGAACGCCGUCAAGACUGGCCGCAAGAUGCUGGGAGCCACCAACCCCGCCGAUUCCGAGCCGGGAACCAUCCGUGGCGAUCUGUGCGUCCAGGUUGGCCGUAACAUCAUCCACGGUUCGGACGCCGUGGAAUCGGCGAACAAGGAAAUCGCUCUGUGGUUCAAGGAUGAGGAACUGGUUUCCUGGACCCCGGCCGCAGAAGGAUGGGUGUACGAGUAAGCAUUUGUGUAGGCGGUGUUCGACGCUGCGCGGGUAGGAGUAUUCCUUUUUUAUUUUAUACAAUUUUAUGUGCUACUCCAUCGCAUUUAUCAAGUGCUUCUUGAGAAGACGAGAUGAAAAAUGACAGAGAAUAAAUGCAAGAACACUAUCACGUACAUCUGCA